AAACUAAGCGCUGUUUUCCGACUGUGCGCUUCGUAAAUUUCGGCAUGAUUUCAAACGUUUAGUGAUUUUGAUUAGAAAUGCUGGCUAGAAGUUGCAAUAAUGUCGGUCCCUUGGUUUUUCAGAAAAGAAAUAUAGCUGGCCAAAUCGGAAAGCUGGCAUCAAGACUUUUAAAGCUACGCUACCUUGUUGUGGGUGCGGGUGUUGGUGGCUCGUACACGAUAUCUAAGAAAUAUGACGAAUUCAAAGAUUCCUUGUCGAAAAUAACCUUAGAAGACUACCUACCAAUAGAUAGGAUCAACGAAACAAUUCAGCUUUUUAAAGAAUAUGCUGCAUCUAUCGGUGAAUCUGAAACAUCUGGCUCUGGUUUUUUUUCGAGUUUUGAAAAGAAGCUCCAUGUACCAAAUGAACAUGAAGCUGUGAAAGAAGCUCCCUCAUCAUCGCUCGUUUCUGAUACUAAUGAUGAUCUAAAAAAGCCUGUUAAACAAAAGCCCAAGCAAAUUAGUGUUGAAGAAUUGCAAGAAGCUCUUCUGAAGAACGAGUUAGCGUUCCAUAGACGGAUUGAAGCACUGCUUCAGGAGAAUAGGGAGUUGCGCAGUGAACUUCUUCUUAAGUCUCAGAAAUCUUUACAAAAAGGUCGUAUCAACAAAUCUUUGAUUGAUAUGUAUUCAGAAGUAUUGGAUGAACUAUCAGAUUUGGAUUCUGCAUACAAUGCUCAGGACCAAUUACCAAGAGUGGUUGUUGUUGGUGAUCAAAGCUCUGGGAAAACAUCUGUUUUAGAAAUGAUAGUACAGGCUCGGAUAUUUCCAAGAGGCGGUGGAGAGAUGAUGACACGAUCUCCGGUCAAAGUAACUCUUUCUGAGGGCCCAUACCAUGUUGCUUCAUUCAAAGAUGGUUCACGUGAAUACGAUCUCACAAAAGAGUCCGAACUUGCAUCGUUGAGGAAAGAGAUAGAGAUGCGUAUGAAGGCACUUGUUAGUGGUGGUAAAACAGUCAGCACUGACGUCAUUUCCCUAAAUGUGAAAGGGCCUGGGCUUCAGAGGAUGGUUCUUGUUGAUCUACCUGGCAUAAUUUCUACUGUAACAACGGGUAUGCAGUCUGGUACACGUGAAACUAUACAGGAUGUUGCUCGACAAUAUAUGAACAAUCCGAAUGCGAUUAUUUUAUGUGUUCAAGAUGGGAGUAUCGAUGCUGAGCGUAGCAAUGUAACAGAUCUAGUAUCCUCUGUAGAUCCUUCAGGUAAACGAACUAUCUUUGUUUUGACCAAAGUGGAUUUGGCUGAAUCAAAUCUGCGCAGCCCAGACCGUAUCAGACAAAUUCUGGAGGGUAAAUUAUUUCCUAUGAAAGCACUUGGUUAUUUUGCUGUGGUCACAGGAAAAGGUACAAAAGAUGAAAGUAUAGAUAGCAUUAAAGAAUAUGAAGAGAAUUUCUUUCGCCAUUCUCGUCUAUUUAAAGAAGGUACACUUCGUAUGUCGCAGAUGACCACAGCUAAUCUUAGCAAGGCUGUAUCAGAGAGAUUCUGGAAAAUGGUCAAAGAUUCAGUUGAACAACAAGCUGAUACAUAUAGAGCUAUUCGUUAUAAUCUUGAAACAGAAUGGAAAAAUUCGUUUCCUCAUUUACGUGAAAUGGAUCGUGAAGAAUUAUUUGAAAAAGCUCGUAACAAUAUAUUAGAUGACCUAAUAUCAUUAAAUGGUAUCAGCUCCACUGUAUGGGAGAAAAAUAUUCAUUACGAAUUAUGGAACAAACUAAAAGAUUAUAUAUUCACUAAAAUAAUUGAACCCUCACAGCACAUUGACGAUAUAGGAACCUUUCAGACAAACGUUGAUAUUUGGCUUCGUGAUUGGGUUGAAAAUAAUUUACCGAAAGCUUCUAUUGAAAUUGGUUUGCAGACAUUAUACAAUCAACUGGAUAGUAAAUUAAAAACGAUGAAAGAUGUACCUGGUUAUGAUCCAGUAUUUGAUCCAUUAAAAGUGACUGUACAUCAAGAAAUUCGUAAGCGUCAUCACUGGGAUCCUAAAGCUGAAUCCAGAUUGCGUGUCAUACAAUCGAAUGCUUUAGACGAUCAUACUGUACAUACAAAGUCUCAGUGGACCGCUGCUGUAGAUCUAUUAGAACAAGCAGUUAAAGCUCGAUUAAAAGAUGUAAAUCAGUCGAUUACUUCAAGUUUUGGUCCUGGAUGGGUUGAGCAAUGGACUCGUUGGAAAAAACGCACAGCAGAAGAAGAUGCUCGUUUACAAACCGCUCAGGAGAUUGAAAAUUUAUUAAUAUCACUUCCAAAACCAUCCGCUCAUAUUAAUCAAGAUGAUUUAACUACUAUUAGACGUAAUCUUCAAGCUCGUAAUGUUCCUGUGACUGAUAAAGUUAUUUGUGAAACUUGGGAACCUUUAGUUCGACGUUUUUAUCUUGAACGAUCUUUGUUUGUUUGUCAAGAGUGUCGAAAAGGCUUUUACUAUUAUCAGCAUGGUUUUCUGAAUACAUCUUCAUUUAAUAAAUCCUCCAAUACUAAUGAACAUACAUCUAAUGCAGCUGAAAAUUCCCGUUUACGUAAAGAUUCAUUGUCGUCUGAUUUCCCUGAUUGUCGUGAAGUGAUCUUUUUCUCUCGCCUGAAUCGUAUGAUGAAUGCAACUAGUAAUGCGCUUAGACAACAAAUUAUGAAUGAUGAAGCACGUCGUUUGGAACAUUAUGUAAAGCAAGUUUUAAACGAAUUGUCUAAUGAUCCUAUUCGUGUAAAAAAGCUUAUCACUGGCAGGCGUGUACAAUUAGCUGAAGAUUUAAGUCGAACAAGACAUAUUCAAGAGAAAUUAGAAGAGUUCAUUGCAGCUUUAAAAGCAAGCGAAUAACUGUGAUAAUGAUCUUCGUUUCUCUAGAAUUACUUAGUGUCAUGUUAAAAACACUAUGCACACAUGCACAUACAUUUGGUUUCAUUAUGUAAUUACUUUUAUGUUUCUCAUUAUGUACACUUUUUUCCGUUAUAAAAGAUACUUUUCAUGAUUAUUUUAUGUUCAAUGUCCAUUUCAAAAUGUAUAAGUGUUUAUUUAUUGCUCAUAUUGGUUAAGCUGCUAUUUCAAAUAAGUUUCAUUAGUUAAUUGAAUGUUGAGUUUUUUUGUAAUGUAAAAUGAAAAAGAACAAUUACCUAUACUUAAAUGCUAUCUUAUAUGCGUAUCUGUUUGAAUGUGUUUAUUCUUCCAUACUAUACACGCACAUGUUUUCUCACCUGUUUGUUGUUCAAUUAGUUUUUUUGUUUUAAUGUAAUGAUGUUAGUAUCUUCUCGUUUAGAUUAAAGUUAUUGUUCAUGUAAAUCCUACCGAUUAUAAAAUUCAUUUCAAAUUAGAAUAAAAAUAUUUCGUUUUGCUUAUAUAUGUUAAGGGAAUUUGAUUCAAUAAAGAAGUUAUCUUUCAUUAUAUGACACUGUAUUUAUACUGAAUCAAUAAAUAAAUGUUCGAUUCUUGUUUUUGUGGUCGGAAAUCAAGUUUAA